UGGCAAAAGCAUCUAUUCGCUGUCACAAUUGGUUUCUAUUUCUCUGCUAUCAAGGCAAUUACGGCAUACGAAAUUUUGAUGAAUUUUACGCAUGUAAUUGGCGUUUUUCUAUCAGCUGAUCUGGGACAUAAAUACCACCUACCCUUUCCAAGUUUUUGUUUCUUUGUAGUAGCCUUGUCUGUUGCUAGAGUAGUUUCCUCAAUGUUCAGUAAAGCGAUAGCCCUUUUCUUUAUAUUUCUUGGGAUAAUAUCCAUAUACGUAUAUAUUCUUUUCAUUAUUUGUGGCAGUACUGACUCUGCAGCUAACUCUUGCAGGAAAUGUUCUCUGUUUGGUUCUUCAAAAUUAUUGUUCAUAGCAAAUAGACAAAGUGCGUUGAUACCAGCAAUACGUAAUUUAGAUUGUCAAAGAAAACUGUCAGAGGCCAACGUCGGCUAUUUCUAGCCACG